CAGCCCGGGACUGCGCCUGCGCGGUGGGCGUGAUCCGGGCACUCAGGGCAGGAUGAACGCUGCUUUCCAAGAUGGCGACGGAGGGAGGAGGGAAGGAGAUGAACGAGAUUAAGACCCAAUUCACCACCCGGGAAGGUCUGUACAAGCUGCUGCCGCACUCGGAGUACAGCCGGCCCAACCGGGUGCCCUUCAACUCGCAGGGAUCCAACCCUGUCCGCGUCUCCUUCGUAAACCUCAACGACCAGUCUGGCAACGGCGACCGCCUCUGCUUCAAUGUGGGCCGGGAGCUCUACUUCUAUAUCUACAAGGGGGUCCGCAAGAAUUGUUUCAUUUCUACCGUAGAUACUAAUGAGAUCGUCUACAUGCCAGACCUAAGAUAAGUUUCUGUCCUUUCAAACCCUGAAACUGUACGAUUGAUUGACUUGUUUUUUUCUACUGGGAUUAGCGAUCUCAAACCCAAGAGACUUCUUAACACCCACGACACCUUUUUUAUUUAUUUAUUUUUGAAAAAGAUUUUAUUUAUUUAUUUAUUUAUUUAUUUAUUUAUUUAUAGAGAGGGAAGGCGAGGGAGAAAGGGAGAGAAACAUCAGUGUAUGGUUGCCUCUUGUGCACCCCCAACUGGAGAUCCAGCCCACAACCCAGGCAUGUGCCCUGGCUGGGAAUCGAAUGGGUGGCCCUUUGGUUCGCAAGCUGGUGACGGAGCCACACCAGCCAGGGCCACCCCGAUACCUGUUUUAAAAAUAGGGUUAGACUCUUUGCGUGUUGUGUGUAUCAGUUGUGCAGGUUUUGGGUGUGUACCUGUGGAAUUGCAGAAUCUGGGGAGGCUGGGCCGGCUGCGUCUCCGAGUAGAAGCCUGUCGUCUCUAUUUCCAGGGCGGGGAGUGGGCGCGAGAACCCGAGAGGUGCUGUGCAGCCGGCCAUCUCCUGUCAUGUGGCCGACCUGUGUGUGACGUGGGCAGAGAGAUGGUUGAAAACCGCUGUGGGUAUUUUUUUUGUGAGGCCAUGUUUUAUUUUCACUGUGUUGAGGAAAAUUCCGGUAAAAUAGUACUUGAACUUUGUGCACAAAGUGAACACAUCUUAACUCUGAGUGGUCAGAGCCUCAUUUCAUUCAGCCUGUGAUUUGGAAGGUGCUGGCAUUUCCCCAGGUUCCCUGGGGUGACCAGCUGGGUAUGCGUGUCCAUCCCGGACUGUGGGCUUACUCCUCUCGGAGUAAGCCCUGGAAGCCGUCGCCUGACUGGGUGACAAGUGUCCCUGAGGAAGACUGGAGUCGGGUGUGGGUAGAAAUGGGUGGGAGUGACCUGGUGCCCAGCCCAGGAGGCCUGCUCGGGUGGGGAAGGACUGGCCCGGGGAGGGCUCGGAAGCUGCUAUUUGGUGGGAGUGCUGUACAGGGGCCCACUGAGGCAGCAGACUUUUAAGCUUGUGCAGGGGUGGGGGGACUUAGGAGGGAAGCGUGGGGUCUUCUGGUGUGGACGGGUGAGCUUCUGGCCUGGGCUGGUAUUCGGCAGCCGCUAGAUAGGCCAGGCAGGGGACUCUGCCUGGUUCUGUGGGACUGGUCUCUCCGAGCGGCUUCCCUGAUGAGGAGGGAGAAUGAGGAGUUUGGGGAAAGUAAAGCCCACCUUUAUUACCUACUUUGCACCCAUGUAUCAUAAUCUGAUGUGCACUUCUCAAAAGUGGUCUUUCUGAGAUAUUUUCCAUGUCACAGCAAAGGCUUCUGGGUCCUCCGGAGCAUCAGGUGGCUGGUUCCCUGGAAGAGGGCUCAGCACGGGCCCACGGAGCCUGCAGCAGCCCUGCCCCUUUGGUGGGCUAGACCCUCCGGGGUUCAGGGCCCGCUCUGCUUCCCUGCUGGCUCAGCCACGUGGCCGUGGCCGGCAGCCCAGGCCAGGUCUGGGUGAAGGUGGGGCUGGAACGGGAGGGCUCGCCGGUGCCGUGCUCAGCCGGCCAGGCUGACGCUGUGUUGUCGCAGUGUUUGUCCUGGAAAGAGUUCCAAGGAUUAAAAGUCCAAGGAAGAGAGAAACACGACAUUUUAAAGUUUGUACUUACCGACUGAGGAUUUUGGCAACCAGCUGUGUUUCUGUAGUAGGAAUCUUAAACCAUCACUUGAAAUUUUUCUGUGAAGUUGAGAAUAAGACGCUGACAAAUUAUUUGUAAUUACUGACUCCUUAUGCAGAAACUAAUGGGCAUAGUGAUAAAAUUUGAUCUUACUAUCGAAAAAAUUCAAAACAAUUGCAGUUUUGUUCAUGCAACAGUUAUUGAGCGUGUAUGACAUGUGGAUGGUCUGUUGGGACCAAACAAGCAAAUACGGUCUAAUUCUUAAAAUUGGUAAAUAUUUUGAUACAUUCAUUUUGGUAUAAAUUCAUACUUAAGAAUUCAGAUGAUAGGCAAUAAUUAGGAUGCAAAAACAUUUUUAAAAAUCCCAAAGUAUCUGAAACCCUUCUAUUCAGAAUCCACCAAAAAGCUGAAAAACAAAAGCUAAUUUUGUGGAACAGUACAGUGGUAACUGUUUAAUAAAGAAGUUCUCCUUAAAGGAGGUUUUUAUUGUAAUCUUUUAUCACAAUUGUAAUUUUUAUUAUAAUCGAUGAUAGUACACGAAAUACUGUAAUUACUUACAUGGUUAAAUACUGAAUUUCAUGGAACAAAUUAAGCACUUGAGAGUUGAGACAGAGCAGCCAGCACAGAGAACAGUCAGUGGGAAAAGGCUCGCCUGGGAGCGGCAGGGCUUGGACUGACAGGUGAGAGAGAAUCCUGGAAACUGGGGCGAAGGGGACUCUUCCAGCCAAGAGGGUGGACUAAUGGAACCAGAAAAGAGGGCCGCCCUCCCGCCUGCAUCGUGGGGGGGGGGGGCAGGUGGAAGGUGGGGCAAGACCCUGUAGAGCCGUGGAGCCCUUGGUGCCGGAAUCCCUGUGCAGGUCUCCCAGCUGUUGAACGCGGGUAGUGUUCCUGCUGACUUGGAGGCUGCCGCGAGGUUAAGUGAGAUGACAGGUGUGAAGGUGCUGGUGCACGGAAGGUGUCCUGUAGACAAAGUUGGUGUUGCUGUUAGGGAGGAAGGAGAGGCAGGAUUGCUAGGUAUGGCAUCCUGCUCUAAUGUGAUGGAAGUCAGGAAGCCACUUGACUCGAAGAUGUGGCAGCUACCAUUUGAGUGCUUCUGCAUACUCUGCUUUCUGUCCACUAUCUGUGGGACUCAGCGCUGCCUUCGGGGAAGCUGGGGGUGGGGGAGGUCUAGCGCCUUGCAUAAGGUCAUCUGGUUACGGAGAGGGGAAAGGUGAGGCAAGGCUUAGAGCAAGGCCUGCCCCGUGCCAGAGUCUGGGCUCUUUUCCCACUGGACUGCUUCUCCCUGGGAAGUCACUGUGGGCGGGGGCUGCUGACCCCGUGGGGAAGAGGGUGGCUGGCUCAGGGAGUAAUUACGGCUGCUAAAAAGGUGUGUGAAUUCAGAGUGCAUGUGGGCCCAUUCCCAGCGCCCCCAAAAUGAGGAGGAAGAGGCAAUAGGGCAGUACCACAUCAUGGAAAGAGAGGCUAGUGACUGGCUGCAGAGGAAAGAGGACAAGAUGAAUCCCACGUGUGUGAGCUGGCUCCCGGGAGCUCAGGUGUCAGUGUCGGGGUCCCUGGGUUUCUCAGAAGUAGGGCUUCUUGUGGGCGCACACCUGGCAGUCACUCGGGCCUCACAGUGACCCUCGCUUGGUGUAGGCAGUGGGCCUCUGGGCCACACUUGUGCUGUCCUAGCUGCUCUGCCCUCUGGGGUUGGGGGCAGUGACCUCAUAGCAGGCAGAGGUGCUGGGUGCUCCUGCUCCCAGGCCGGCCUUUUGUGCCUCCCUGCCCCUCCCACCCAUGUCCUGGGGCUGUUUUUUUUAACAUUUCCAGCCCAUCUGGACCUGUUAAAAAUCUUGUAAAAUAAAAAAAAGAAUUACUAGAAAAAGAAACCGAAAAGACACAGAAUACAGACUGUUUUUUUAAAUUAAAAUCAAUAGAUAAAAAAUUACUCCAUCAGACUGCCAUAAAGCUUAUUCACAGUGACUAAUUUUAAUUUUGACUGUAGACUGUUAAUAAACUGUUCAUGGACUGGUUCACUUGGAAAGCAGUUAUUUAGGAAGAAAGUUUGGUAAGCAAAUUUGUAAACAGAAUGUUUUCAGAAUAUCUACAUGAUUUAAGAGUAGAAAUAGCCUUGCCUUUGGCAUUUAAAAUACUUGAGGUGUUUGUGCCAUGUGAUCUGAUUGCAGAUGACGUCUUUUCCAUAAGGUUCCGCAUUAGGGGCAGGGAUGGAGACUAAAUACGGGGUGGGAAAAAGGAGGUUUACGGCUGUGUGUAUGGAAAAUGCGACAAUAGUUAAUAAAUAACUCAAGAGUAAAGUCUGUGUUUUGCGUACUCACAACUGGAAACCUGCUUUUGCCCACCCCUUUGCACUGAGGACCGAGGCGCAGGGGUCCACAGGUUUGAACUAGGAGCUACUUGGAAAAAUAGGUGUUUUUACUUGCUUCUGAGAACUAUUGUACACUCGUUUGCUCAUUUCAUUUAUGUUAGUAUGUUUUCUCUGUUAAUUUUUGGCUUACUGUUUAAGUUGAUUUUUAUAUUUCAGUGUGUAACAUCAGAUUCUUUCAGGGGGAGAAGUUCCUUAAGCAAACUUUAAAAGUCUCCAGAGUUACAAAUGCCGACAUAGAAAUCAUGAUAUAAUUUAAUUUGCUCAUAUUUCGAAUUUGAGUUUUGUUUCCAGCUGCCAGUGUACCCUGUUUUGUAUUUUGAGCCACUUUAACUUCUGCUGAUGCUUGUUCUGAGGUGAUUCGCUGCCCCUCCUUGUGGGGGAGGGGGCUCUGUCCUGUGCCGGGGGCUCCUUUCUGGUUCUGUGGCUUCUACCACUUGCCUUGCCCCUGCCCCCUUGCCCAGCACUUACUCCCUUCCCGCUGGCGCCCCCCCCCCAAAGUCAGGACUUCCUUUUGCUCUGUCUCUUGCUGUACCGCACACCUCUCCAAGCUCUUUCUCGUGCUUGUCCCAUGGUUCACCCUCCAGACAGCCCCAGGAGGUCGGUGGAGGGGAGGGGAGGGUCCGCAUGCCCUGCUCCACUGUGGGCCACUCAGGGCCCUGCUUCCAAAGGCUCAGGCCGUGCAUUUGCUCAAAGAUGCCUGUAAUUCUGACGUCCGCUUUUCUCCUCAGUAUUUAUAUUUGUUAUCUGAAAAGUCAAACAUAGGACACUCAACACAGUGCACAGGCCUCAUUUGGAAGGAAGAUACCCUCAGAACCUGCACAGGGCCCGGCGGCCGGCAGGGAAGAGCCGUGUGCCCCAGGCAGUGCACAGGCCCAGGGGUGUUUAAAGGGUGCGGUCAGCAGCGUUAGUUGUCUCCCCCUGUGAUUUUCAAACAAGUGUGUGUGCAGGGGUUGCUCUGUUUCCACAGUAACAGCCCAGCAUAUGGGCUUGCACAGGACAUUUCCGGGGAAGAAAAGAGUCCUGCUUUGAAAGGAGGGAGGCGCCUUGAAAAGCCGCAUUUUAGCCCAAGUCAGUCAUUCUCUUUUACCUUUGGUGUGUGUGGCUGCGAGCUUUCCCCUGUUCCCUUUAUGGUCAACAGACUUUGGUUUCCAAUCCAGCCCUGCCUUGUGCUGGGUAGAUGAUGAUUUUGGCUGAGUUAUUUAACUUCCCGAAGCUUGUUUUCUUUGUAAAAUGGGGCAGUGGUAUCAACUUUGAAGGAUCAUCGUGAGGAUGAGAGGUGAUGCAGGUGCUGCACUCGAGUGGGUGUGGGCUGCGUGCGCAGUCACCUGAGAGUGGUGCGGGGAGGGGCGGGGCCGGGCUGCAGGCUGCUCUUGCAUCGGGUCUCUGCGCAGCCGGGCAGCGUCGGGUCACCCAGGAGGUUCCCAGUGCGGUGUCUGGGCCCACCCCAGGGUUUCUGAGUUUUUUUGGUCUAGGGUGGGGCUUGAGAGUUUGCAUUUCUGAG